UAGUUGUCACCUUGAGGACCUGGAUUCACUUUUUGACGGUUGAGUGAGAGAAAACAGAAGAAAAUCAAGGGGAGAGAUGGAGCUCACUCAACAAGACUUUUUGGAGGAAUUACUUGCUCCAAGGAUAGAAAGUUACAAUACUUUUGCAAGUGGAGUGAAGGAAUUCUUCCCAAAUGCAUGGAACAUUGAAUCACCCACUUUCUACCAACAAAACCCAGAAUUUAUAGCCACAAAUUCUUCCUUUUUGGGACUCAUCUCUCCUUCAGAAUCCAUCUUUCCAUGUCCUUUCAGUACUUCUCAUGAGUCCUACCCUUUUCUUGAUUCUUUCAAUACAGCCCCAGCUGAAGUUGAUUCUUCAACUUAUAUUCAACAAGAGUACAAUAAUAGAGCCAUAGUUGAGGAAGGAGAAAUUGGUCUUAUUUCUACUGAUUUUCAAGGCCAUUAUGGUCAGCAAGAAGACUCAAUUAGUAAUUGCUUCAAUAACAAGGUGGUCAAAAUGGAAGAAGCCACUUCAACUAUAAAUGGUCAUGUUCCUAAUAUUGUGGGACUAGAAAAGAAGAGUAGUAAUAAAGUCAAGAAGGUAGGGGGGCAGCCAUCUAAGAAUCUAAUGGCAGAAAGGAGGAGAAGGAAACGACUCAAUGACCGACUCUCUAUGCUUAGAUCCAUUGUGCCCAAAAUAAGCAAGAUGGAUAGAACAUCCAUACUUGGAGAUACAAUUGAUUACGUGAAGGAGCUCUUAGAUAAAAUCAACAGUUUUCGUGAAGAACAUGAAAUGGAAGACAAAAUUAAGGAUAUAAAAUUCAUGGGAAAUUUCAAGGAGCUUAAGCCUAAUGAAGCACUUGUCAGAAACCCCCCAAAGUUUGAUGUAGAAAGGAGAUCAAAUGAGAAGACGAGUAUAGAGGUCUGUUGCGCAACAAAGCCUGGAUUACUGUUAUCCACAGCAAACACAAUGGAAGCAUUAGGUCUUGACGUGGAACAAUGUGUUGUCAGCUGUUUCAGUGACUUCUCAAUGCGAGCUUCUUGUUCUGAGGCGACAGAUCAUCGAACAAUUUUGAGUGCUGAAGACGUCAAGCAAGCGUUGUUCAAAACAGCAGGUUAUGGAGGAAGAUGUCUGUAGGGGGUGAUACUUUUGAACACUAAGCUCAAAGAAAGUCUAAGAGAUUUAGUGUGCUGUUCAAUGAGUAUAGCAAUAAUAAAUGUUAAUGAUCUUUCUCCAAUGGAUU